AUGUCGGAACUCACCGAAGUCAGUCAAAAGAAGCGCAAGCUGCAGGACGGUCCUGAGCUCGAAAUCGAUGUCUCUGCACCCGAGCCAGUCUCAAAAAAGGCCCUUCGCAAAGCGAAAAAGAACAAAGGAGGCGAUGCGGGGGAUGAUGAAAAACCCAAGUCCAGCAAGUCCAGCAAACCCGAACCCAAAGAAGCUGAAACAGAGGGGAAGCGGUCCCAAUAUGGUAUCUGGAUUGGAAACCUAUCGUUCGCAGUGACCAGAGAUGAGCUGCGCAUGUUCUUCACCGUCAACUCUGACAUCUCCGAGUCGGAUAUCACUCGAAUUCAUCUCCCCAAAGGCCCCGAAAGAUUUGGGAGGUCGCAGAACAGAGGUUUUGCUUACGUCGACUUUACCGACAAGAAGUCUUUGCAAGAAGCAAUUGGCCUAAGCGAGCAACUCAUGACCGGCCGCCGCGUGCUCAUCAAAGAUGCAAACAACUAUGAAGGUCGCCCUGAGAAAUCCGAAACCCAAGAGAAUGCUGCGGGUGCAGCCAAAUCUGGCCACCCCCCUCCAAGCGAAUCUUCGUCGGCAACCUGA